AUGGAUCUUCGCGUCGACAUCGUCGAGACGAGGCUCUACCUGGACCAUCGCAGGAGGCCACCAGGUAAGUUCUUCCUCAGGUAUGUGCAUUUGCUCUGUUUCUUCCUUUUGUCUGUUGAAGUUCCGUGUCGUAUGCUGUUCUUGCUGCCUGCCCUCUGCAUGCUAGUCUAUCUGUUAUUAUCAUGAGGAAACUCUUGAUGCUUGCUGCGACUGUCUGUCUGUCAGUCUUUGCCCAUCUCUGCUAAUAGCUGGGUGUUACUUUGCUUGACUUUGUUUGGUGCCCUCACUUUGUCUCUGACUGAUGACUGUGUCCGCUUGUCCACUCUAGUUCUAAGUCCCAUAGCGUUGGGUAGUGUGUAUGCUCUCUCCCACUUCACUUUAUCACAUCAUUACCAUCACCACCAAGGUCUCAGGCUAAUUCGGGUCGUUCUCUCACUAACACAAUGUCGUGGCCCAUAGUGGAGUCCGGCAGCCGUCUGGGAUAACCGGGCAGCCCUGUUCAGGGAUGCGUUGCCUGCCCCCACGAGGGUAAGGGGGCUAGAAAAGGUGCCCUAAAGAUCGCUGGGAACCACGCUGUCUGUAGGCUGGCCGUGGCCGCAGACAAAAAACACACGGUCGAAACAGCCAAAACCGAAACAACAACAACAACAACAACAACAAUCUCUCUCUUCCUCUUCCAGCCUAUUCUUCUUCUUCUCCUACUCCUACUUUUCGCCGCCGCAGUCGCCAGACUGGCAGGGUGAGCCCGCUCACUCUGGCAGCCUGGAAUGUUCGUUCCCUUUUAGACAAUCCGAGGAGCAACCGACCGGAACGGAGGACGGCGCUAGUGGCACGAGAACUGGCGCGCUACAAGGUGGACAUCGCCGCACUCAGCGAGACCCGAUUCUCCGAGCAAGGCCAACUGGAGGAGGUGGGUGCCGGCUACACCUUCUUCUGGAGUGGUCGACCCAGGGCAGAGCGACGAAACGCGGGUGUCGCCUUUGCCAUCCGGACCGACAUCGUGGGACGACUGCCCUGUCUACCGCAGGGAAUCAACGAUCGCCUGAUGAGCCUCCGUCUGUCUCUCCCCCGGGCUGGGGUCAAAUUCGCCACCAUCAUCAGCGCCUACGCUCCGCCGAUGACCAGCCCUGACGCCAUCAGAGACAAAUUCUACGAGGACCUGCACGCCCUCUUGGCGACUGUGUCGAAGGCGGACAAGUUGAUUGUUCUUGGUGACUUAAACGCCCGCGUCGGCACAGACCAUACUGCCUGGAGAGGAGUGAUGGGUCCCCACGGUCUCCGCGCCUCAAAAGACGAUGGUCUGCUGCUUCUCCGCACCUGCGCAGAACACCGCCUCAUCCUGUUUCGGAAAGGCGGGGGGUAAGGUAUUAGCCUGUUAACACAACUGAGGCAGCUUGCAGGUAGAAGCAUAAUGUAAAGCGCGUUGAAUCGCAAUCCGCAAAGGUCAAGGAUUUCGUCUUUUACUGAAGAUUUCCGUGUGGGGGCUGCAAUGCAAUGUGCCCAUAUAGAUAGUCUUACAGCGCCUCGUUCUAGGGGCGGUUACAGUGAAGGAGAAAGUCAUCCUGACAGACCCUGUACGCCAAAUAAGCAAACAUAGCUGGAGCAAUAACAUGAAGGACUUUACAGCAUAACCGCCCUUCCUUCGCCCAAUUAGCAGUUGUAAGUAUGUAACCUAAUAAAAGCACGCCUACUGAUAGGAAGCAAGUACGUCAACAAUGUUGACUUAUAAUCCCAGGCUACUCGCAUUUGUCUCGUCCCGAUUUUUACUGGCACCCAUUCGGAUGUAGUGGCACCAACGCUGACUUUUUGGAGCCUGCAUGACAGGAAACUUUUAAUCCAGUUAAAAAUGCUGCCCUGUAUUCUAAACUCCCAAAUCUUCUGUAGGAGUCGUCCAUGAGGAACGCUAUCAAACGCCUUCUUAAAGUCAAAGAAGAUGACGUCCACUGGACGGCCCUGGUCUAUGAAUCUUGUCCACUUUUCGUGAGAGUAAAGACUGCUUAUAAGACAGGAGUGACCACGCCGAAAUGCGUGCUGAACAGCACAUAACAGGUCCCUCUGCUCCGGAUACGACAUUAAAUGCCCUUUAAUAAGUCGUUCCAUUACCUUGCAUAGAAUGCAGGUUAAACUAAUAGGACGGUAAUUUUCGGGCUCCAGUCUGCAUCCUCCUUUAUAGAUUGGAGAAAUAUGGGCCGUUUUCCACUCCUCCGGCAGUUCGCUUUCGUCCAUUGACUUUCGAAAUAUCAUGGACACCGGCUAACAGAGUAUAUCAGCUAAUUCUCGGGGGACAAGUGGAUGAAUUCCAUCUGGACCAGGUGAUUUGGCAGGUUUCAGCCGGCGUAGUUCGGUCCUUAUCAACGUGGGUGAGAAGAAAAGAUUGUCUUCCAAUGCAGGACGGUCUACAUAAGGCAUGGCAGGAGGGUUUGUGUCAUGAGUGAAUGCCGACUGAGAGAAAUUGGAGAAGGCUGAUGCUUUCAGAUGGUCAUCUGUCUCAGUUACACCGUUUUGGGAUCUUAGCGCUGGAAUCGGUUCACGAUUGCUCUGUCCAUUACGUAUGCAACUAUAGAGGAUUUUAGGAUACUACAAGGAAUUUGUAAUAAGCACAGCCCAUAGUUGCCUUGAAGUCUAUGAGCCUCGCGUUUACACGCAUUCCGCUGUCGCAUGUAUUCCUUCAGAUCUUCAGAACUGUCUGUUUGUCGAUAGCGUCUCCACACUUUAUUUCUCCUCCUAAACGCGGUUUAAGACGGACGUUUGGUUGUUUUCUUUCGUCUAAGUGGACAGUUUAUAUCAACGAUUUUUUUGACCAGUGGGCUGAACGUGUUCCAAUAGUCAUUAACUGUUCCCUGCAAUGUGGUUGUCCGCGGUAUUGCUGAGACUUGCGUCCGCAUGCUAGGAAAAUCCCCUUUCCGGAUAUUUGUUUGUAAUUGUUCAGGUGAAUUAGGCUGGGAGAACAGGGAAUACUCGAAGAGCAUCACAAUAUGAUCACUAGCACCAAUUGGCGGGAGAUCUUGUAUAUCCAGCACACUCUCCUCAUCUCAAGUGAGCACCAGGUCGAGGCAGUUUGAACGUUGCCCUUCCCUUACACGUGUCCUGAGAGUUAAAUUCUGAAAAAGCAGGUUUUCUGCUGUCAAUUCAAGCAACUAUUGUCCGAAUGUGUUCGAUGGACCCGAAACCGCCCAAGCUUGUCAGUCGAUAUUGGGGGUGUUAAAGUGCCCGACAAAAAGGACGUCUCUGUUCGAGCAGGUCUUGUUCAGUUCCCUUAGGAGAAGGCUAUCGUGUUCGGAAAUCUGGUUUGGGGGACGAUACACAACUGUAAACGCCAGCGGCCUGGCGUAUUUAGUGGAGAUAGUUAAAGAUAAGAAUUCCACUUCCGCUGUUGUUGUUGGAUUAUGCUCAGGGACCGCGGUUAGGUUGUAGCUAACAUAACAGCGACCCCUCCUCCUCGGCUUUUCCUGUCUCUCCUGAACAAUUGGUAGCCUUUGAGGGAUACCUCAUGAUCUCCAACAGCUUCUGAAAGCCAUGUUUCUGUCAAAGCGAUGAUAUCUGGUGUGUGCUCGUCGAUCAGAGUCCUGAGUUCAUCCAUCUUGUUAAGCAGGCUUUGCACAUUCGAAGAGGGCACCUUUAGUGUCCGUCUUCUUGGGGGAAACUGGCCCUGAUUACAAAGGGGGUUAGCCACAGGAACGAUCGCUUGAUCUGUAUUAGCUUACCUUCCUUUAUUUUCAACCCCUUUUCCCACUCUUCUGUCCUUCUUUUCUGUUCUGUCCAGCGCUCCCUCAUCUUGUGUCUUACUGUCGGUUCGUAAUCCGGCUGAAAAAAUACUUCCUUAUGCGAAUGACGAAGAGCCAUCCUCCCUUCUAGGAGAUGUGAGGCCUUUGGUUCAUUUGCAAGAAUGAUUUUAAGAGGCCUUGGUAAUGCACGCGACGCAUCUGCGUUUCUUAGACGGAAAGCUUUGUGCACGGUAACACAUUAUCCGCCCAGAAGGAGGGCAUUUGAAUAUGUUUGAAAGAGGUUGAGAUCGUGUUCGAUUCUUUCUUUUGCAGUCGAAGAAUUGGAUUCAGGAGCUCACUUUAUGACGAUGUUUCGUUCUCGGUAGAGAUGCCUGUUUGGAAGAGAGUCCCUACGUCCCCAGCAUUCCCCGUGUGUUUUCUGCUAUUUGAACUCCACUUUCAACUUGCCUUGUUUCAUUUCCGACAGACAAGAAAUGCGCAAACUUGGAGUAAAUCUAUCCGAAUGGGCUCCCUCAGGCGCGCUCCAAACUUUCCUAUAAAAAUUUCAGCUAAAAUCCAUCAGCUACCGCUUCAUAUUAACAAACCGCCAACAGGCAGCCAGUAGUAUAGAACUGUGCAAAUGGUUUACCGUACUAACAACACAGGUAUUAGCUAAAAGCCCAGACACGCGUCUUUCGCCCAUCUUAUGCCGCUGCCUGACGCAGCUGCCAGGGCUUCGGCUCGACAGUCGGUACCCCAGCAUUCCCCGUCUCUUUUAUGCUAUAUAAACUCCAGUUUCAACUUGACUUAUAUCAUCUGACUGACAGGCGUUUUUAAGCACGCUGAAAUGCUCGGUAUGAAUAUCUGAACAUAAAUAUAUCAGCUAGUGCGGUAAUACCGCUUGAAAUUCAAAAACUUCAAACAGGCAGCCAGUAUUAUAGAACUGUGCAAUGGUUUACCGUACUAACAACACAGGUAUUAGCUAAAAGCCCAGACACGCGUCUUUCGCCCAUCUUAUGCCGCUGCCUGACUCAGCUGCCAGUGUUUCUACUCUUCAGUGUGUCCCCCAGCUUUCCCCCUCUGUUUUCUGCCAUAUAAACUCCAGUUUCAACUUGCCUCCUUUCAUUUCCGAGGCAAUGAAUGCGCGAGCAUGGAGUAAAUCUUUCCAAACGGGCAUUUUCAGGCACGCUCCAAAGUUUGGUAUGAUUAUUUGCGCUGAAAUCCAUCAGCUACCGCUUCAUAUUCACAAACCGCCAACAGGCAGCCAGUAGUAUAGAACUCUGCAAUGGUUUACCCUACUAACAACACAGGUAUUAGCUAAAAGCCCAGACACGCGUCUUUCGCCCAUCUUAUGCCGCUGCCUGACGCAGCUGACAGGGCUUCCGCGCGUCAGUCUCUCCCCCAACAUUCCCCCUCUGUUUUCUGCCAUACGAACUCCAGUUUCAAGUUGCCUUCUUUCAUUUCCGAGGCAAUGAAUGCGCGAGCAUGGAGUAAAUCUUUCCAAACGGGCAUUUUCAGGCACGCUCCAAAGUUUGUUAUGAAUAUUUGAACUGAAAUCCAUCAGCAACCGCUUAAUAUUCACAAACCGCAAAUAUGCGUCCAGUAUCGUAUUAGUGCGCAAUUAAAGUGAACCCCAGGUAAGCUGAAUGUUGCCUUGUUUCUUUGCCUGCAAUGAGCUAUCUCACCUUCUAGACAACCUACGCAUUGCCCUUUCCGCCUCUGCGCUGUCGACAUCCGUUAGUGUCGACUGCGGGACACCGUAAAUUCAACUGCGCUAGACGUCCUCGUAUGUGCACGCCGCCAACUUCAUCAUCGACUGCGCCAGCUGCUGGACGCCUGGACUUCUCGCAAAGCUGAGGAGAUCCAAUGCUACGCGGAACGCAUCGAAUGGAAGAACUUCUUGCCGAUACAAGCGAAAAUGCGAGUUCCAGGAACUAAUUGAUCAAUAGAAGAAGCGAUCGCUGGAACAAUGGCUUUAUUCGCCUGAUGUUUCGGAUUCUCUCUUGAAUCCAUCAUCACAGACAGUUGCAGAAAAGGGUGGCUAGUGUACAGGAAGUCGCAGUAUUUAUAGGAUGUUUCUUGCCUUCUGCCGGAAAGCCAAUGCGGCUUCCGUCGUCAUCGUGGGACCACGGAUAUGAUCUUCACCGCCCGCCAACUUCAGGAGAAGUGCCAGGAGAUGCGGACCCACCUGUACUCUACCUCCGUGGACCUGACAAAAGCCUUCGACACGGUGAAUCGUGAUGGACUGUGGAAGAUCAUGCAGAAAUUCGGCUGUCCGGAGCGAUUCACUCAGAUGGUGCGUCAGCUGCACGACGGUAUGAUGGCGCGAGUCACGGACAACGGAGCUGUCUCAGAGGCAUUUGCAGUGACCAACGGAGUGAAGCAAGGAUGCGUGCUGGCGCCUACCCUCUUCAGUCUUAUGUUCGCUGCCAUGCUGAUGGACGACUACCGCGACGAACGCCCGGGGAUCCGACCCGCCUACUGGACGACGGUCACCUGCUGA